AUGUCAUCUGCAGAGAAAAAGGUUCGGUUAAGUCUUGUUGAGUCUAGCAUACUUGACUAUGUAAUCAACUUACAUGGUGCUCAAGCCAACGGCCGAAGAUCUGUCUUCAUAGCACUUUUGAGCCAUGCUUGCUUAAUUGCAAGAGGAGCCAAAUUAUUAGGAACAAGUCAUUUGCAGUCUGCUUCCAUAUUACCGAACGAGUGGGCUUCGAAUGACCCUAUUCGAAUUAAUUAUCGGCUUCAGGAUGUAAUGGAUGUAACUCUUGGGACUUCCGCCCGUAAUUCUCCUGAGCAAGUGCUUCAGCUUUCUGCAACUGAAACCGACGAUCAUGUCUUUGUGAAUUUGACGAACACAACAACAGAUAAGUUUGGUCAUUUGGAGCUAUCAGGACCCGCCCACGUCCGCCUUGAGGCCGCGUCGUCCGGUGGUGUCCUUCAGCCUGGUGAAAUAUUUUCACAGCUUGAGUUCACCCUCUCCGAGAUGGACGAGAACCUAUGGAAAGUGGUACUCCCAAAGCCAGCCAAGUCAAGUUCUCGAGGUGUACCCUUUGAUCCGCUGCCACCUAAUGUGCUUCACUCACCGCCCAAUCGUUCGGUGAGCGGGGUGGAUCCAGUUCUACGAGGCUACGGCCGCAGCGACCUUGAUCCUUUGGGAGUGGACGACUGGACACGACGACUGGGCGGUACAGGUGGAAUGGUUAUUGACCCUACACAAGCUCUGCGCCAACCUCGCAACCCCUUCGGACUCCCACGUCCUGACGGCUUCGCUGGUGUUGGUGGCAUGGUGCCCCCUGGCUCGCGCUUCGAUCCUAUAGGUCCACCUAUGAUCCCCCCACGCAGCAUUGGCCCUCGUGGCAGUCGCUUCAAUAAUCCCGAUCCCGACUCCGCCCUCCCACCUGGUUGGGAAGAUAUGUAUAUGUGA